AUUGUAGAAAUUUGGUCCUGACGAUAGACGAUAAGACAGAGCGUACAAAUUCUCGAAGACGUUCUGUAUUAGAUUUCGAUUCGUAAUACGUCUUGUCUCUGAUCUUGCGCGUCAAUAUCAGAAAACAUUGGAUAUUCCCUGCUGUAGAAUCACGAUGAUUAUACUCAAGCAUGAUUCAUUCACCUUAAUCUGUUUGGAGCAGCCGUGAUCGUCAUGGAGACGGGAACAUAGCAUGUUGUAAGUUGGGAGGUGAUGCCGGAUAAAUAACCAGCAGAACUAUCAGAUCUGCUCCCUUAAAAUGCUCUUCGGAACAGAAUGCACCGAUAUCAUAAUGAUCUAAGCUUGAGUCGUCCUCAAUUUCAUUUUUCCAUGCCUGUGCAAAUUGACCCGUUGCGUUUGGUCUUCGACUUCCCCUUUGACUAUGCGUUACAUGACAAGCAUUCGACAAUUCCUCGACAAUGGCUAAAAAGUCCAAUGCCAAGCUGGCCAUAACCAAAACUCAAGCUGCAGCAUCGAUCACCAUCGCCAUCUUUUGCGCUCUUUCCGCUGUAUGGCUACUUGGCCCAGCAUCGAAACUCCUGAGGGAUUCGCCCCAAUCCCCCUCACCACUACUGCAGGUGAACUCAUCACAUAGCGAUUUGCAAUGUGAAGACCAGAGCUAUAAGACCGAGCUUAUUUCACUCGAUCCACUCGUCAUCUAUAUCCGCAACUUCAUCACCAAGGGGGAGAUUGACGACAUCGUAAAUGCUGGCGAAAAUCGCUUCAACCCCUCCGUAGUGAAUCAGAAUGGGCGGAUGAUUCAGAACCCGUACCGUACCUCGUGGAGCGCUGGCUUGCCAGCUGAUGCUCCCGCAGUAAAAUGUGUUCUCGAACGGUCGAGAAGAUUCCUCGGAACUGUUCUUGACCCUGAUGAAGACGAGAUGGGUGUGCCACAGCUUGUGCGAUACACCGAAGGGCAGGAAUAUAAUCUGCACCACGACUGGAUGCGGAUACCCCACGCGGCCUUCGAUGGGUCAGCACGAACGUUCAACCGGGUUGCGAGUUUCUUCGUUAUUCUUCAGGAUGAAUGUGUCGGAGGGGAGACAUGGUUUCCCUUCGUCAAGCCCGUUUCAUCCCAGCUGAACGGGAACGACGAAGGCAGGCUAUGGCGCGAGCACGAAGAUGGUGGGCUUGCUUUCAAACCUGUGGCCGGGAAUGGUAUCUUUUGGGUGAAUUUAUUCCCCAAUGGUACGGGAGAUACACGGACUGUGCAUGCAGGGUUGCCAGUCACGGGCGGGUUGAAGACUGCAAUGAACAUUUGGCCAAGACAGUACCGCCCUAACUCGUGAUCAACUCAUUAUACGAGUUAGAGCCCAUCUUCUUGAGCCAUUCAUCUGCCUAAGAUCUAGGUAUAAGCACUAGCCUCUGUGAUUAUACCCUUCUGAGAGACUGUGACAUUGUGGCGAAAGCCUUUAUUGUUGUACAUUAGAAAGAUGCAUGUCAACUUCGAGGGCAAACUAGGGGCUAUGCAACAACAAAAUAACCCAACUCGGAAAAACAUGGAACUAACCGUUCACUGUUUCCGAGUAUUGAAUCAAUCAUCGUGCCUAGCAAUUUUUACGUACUUCGUUUGAUACGAUGUAAAUUCUUGUAUGCUACGUUAACAUUGCGUAUUUCACUUGAG